UUAAUGAAGAAAUGAUUGACAGAUAAGAUCAGUUGGCGUGAUCAUGUGAUUCGCAUCAUAUGACCAGCACAGAUGAAAGUCCUUUCAUCGAAGAAAACGGAUGUAACCGGGCCAGUAACUUAUUUUAUUUUAUUGUAUUAUACGUAUGUCUUAUGGCAACAUCGUCUGUGAAUUUCGUUCAGAUUUCUUUGCUUUUUACAUACCUGGGAAUAUGUUUGUCCCGAUGCAAAGACAUCCGACAUUCUUUGAAUGACGACCUCUUGUUACCCUACACCAAAUCCCACGGCCCAUCUCAUUCUCACCGCCACGUGAGGGACUGUCAGCCCGUCGCUCAUGGCAAUGUAACCCACGAAACCUGGGCAGCAAGCAAGCACUCUAACGCUCCAGUGUUCAAGUCAAAUACAUUCAUCUCCGUCAUCACCGAUGACUCUGGCGUUCACAGAUGGGUGAGCGGCCACAUCACAGAGGUGCAUGACCCACUGAGAUCCGUGUCCGUUCUGGAACCAGGAGGCCCUGGAGGGUGCGAGUGGAGCCACAGAAAGCUGGUGGAGCUCACUGCCAAAUCCAGAAAGUGCCUCGUCGCCCAGAAUGGAGGCUUCUUUGACACUGACAGCGGCCAGUGUUUGGGGAAUGUCAUAAGUGAUGGGAAACUGGUGAGGAACAGUGGAGGAAUUCAAAAUGCUCAGUUUGGCAUCCGAAAGGAUGGGACGCUCGUGUUUGGCUACCUGUCUGAAGAUGACAUCCUGGAUCAGGUAAACCCCUUCGUGCAGUUGAUCAGUGGGGUGGUGUGGCUGCUGAGAAACGGUGAGAUCUACAUCAAUGAGAGCAUCCAGGCAGAAUGUGACGAAACACAGAAGACUGGAAAAUUCCAGUACUUUGUGGACGUGAUAUCUGCCCGUACGGCGGUGGGUCACGAUGCAGAGGGGAAACUCAUCCUCUUCCAUGUCGACGGUCAGACGGGUGUAAGAGGAAUGAACCUCUGGCAAGUGGCAAAGUUUCUGAAGGAACAGAAUGUCUUUAACGCUAUUAAUCUGGAUGGAGGCGGCUCGGCCACUUAUAUCCUCAACGGAUCCCUGGCCAGUUACCCUUCAGACCACUGCAAACUUCCGAAGUGGCGCUGCCCACGGGCAGUAUCCACUGUGCUGUGUGUUCAUGAGAGGCUGUGCCAGCCGGAGGACUGCGGCGGACAUGGACGCUGCGUGGAGGGCCAGUGUGUGUGCCAGCAGGGCUGGAGCAGCCCAGGAUGUGCCAAUCUCACAUGCCAGGCUGAAUGUGGAGAGCAUGGGAUCUGCACUGAGAAUGGAUGUGUGUGUGAUGCUGGAUGGAUGGGUUUAAAUUGUAGCCAAGUAUGUGCAGCAGGUUUCUAUGGCGAUGGCUGUAACCAAACAUGCAUGUGCGCAAAUGGAGGCUCAUGUGAUCCUGUUCACGGACGGUGCACCUGUCCUGCUGGUCUCCAUGGAGAUUCCUGUGAGCAAGAGUGCCCUCUUGGAUUCUACGGGCUGAACUGCAAGCAGCCGUGCCAAUGCCACGACAUGUGCCCAUGCAACGCUGUCACAGGAAGCUGCAACACCACAUACCAAGGAGAGAGAAACAUCAGCCUGCACAGAGCCGGUCACUGCCUGGCUGCCCAGAUGUUGAGGGAAUGGAGACAAGAGGAGGAAGCUCAUGCUCCCAAACCCUAUUUAUCUGAACAAAGCUGGCUGGUUGUCUGCGCUAUCCUGGCAACGUCGCUGCUGGCCAGCCUCGCUGGUAACUUUAUCCAGACGUGUAGAAAAUCCAAAGCGCGCGGGCAGAGGGCGGACUACUCCUACUUGCCGCUGGGAGAGAUCAACGGGUCCGUGGAGCGAAGCAGAAGACAGGGGACAAAGUCUGGGAAAGUUCUUUUUCAGGAAGAAGACUCUGACACACAAGACUCCUCAUAAUGUGACCAUGUUUCAAAAUGUAUGCAUCCGGCAGAGAGUGGAGAGAAACUAGCUAGCUGACUAGCCAGCUAGAUUUGGAAAGGGUUUGUUUGUUCCUGUGAAUCGAUGAGGGCCUCUUCGU